AGAAGCAGGACAGGAGCACCGAGGGGACAACAGCAGCACAGCAGUCAGAAACUAUGGCCAGAAUGCUGAGAUCGUGGCUGAUGUUGGCGGCUCUCGUCCUCUGCCUCCUGGUGUGUUGGAGCGGCUUCGCGGACGCCUACCCCCCCAAACCGGAGAGCCCCGGAACCAACGCCUCACCGGAGGAGUGGGCCAAGUACCACGCUGCUGUCAGGCAUUAUGUCAACCUCAUCACCAGACAGAGGUACGGGAAGAGGUCGUCCCCUGAGCAGGCGGUGGCCUGGCUCUUGUUCGGGGCCGAUUCUAGUCAAGACACAGAGCCACGCUCUGACAGUGUUGAUCCCUGGUAAAUGAGCCCUAUAUUAACCUCCCCCCCCCUCUUCAUCACCACCAAUCAAAACCUUCUCAAGACAACCUGCACUGGACACUGGACACAGUCUAAACACUUAAUUAUUUAAUGUGCAUGCAAAUCUGUCUUUUCCUUACGUCU